CUACCAUUCUGAGGUAAGGUCUACUUGUGCGUUUUCAUUAAAAUCGUCAAAAAUCGAGGGCGCCGUCGCGCCAAACCCAAAGUUUCGCCGCCAAGGCUCGCCAUUCGAGCCCCUGGAUUCCCGCCAGCUGCAGGUGUGGCGUGAACGGCUGAGGAGGCUUUAGGAACCCUUUCCGAGGGGAGGAGUAGGGUGGCUCUUAUGGAGACCAAGCAAGAGGCAUCCCCUGCGUGGAACCAGGGUGCCAGCAGCGAGCCUGGCAGUGCCACGCAGGUGCACUUUGAGGCCGGUGCCGUGGCCCAGAUCGUAUACAGCGGCGAGCAAUCGGAACGCGGGCAGCAGCAGGUAGUCUAUGCGGCUGACGGCACGUCCUACGCUGCGGUGGAGCCGUCGGAGCACACGUUGGUCUAUAUCCACCCGGCUGACGGCACACAGGCUGUUUUUGCUGACCAGCCCCAAGUGGCGUACAUACAGCAGGAUGGAACCACCCAACAGGUGACAGUGUUGCUGCCCAGCGGGCAGAAUAUGAACACCGCCAACCUGCAUGUUCUGAGUAACGUUGCGGAGGCACCCUCUGCUAUUCUGGAGCCUGUGUCUCAGGGGGCACUGUCUGUUUCCAGUGCAUCCCUUCCCACCCUGGCGAGUGUGGGGGAUCCCUCUACCAGCCCUCUUGGGGCCACGGACUCGACAGUGGAUUCCGAAGAUGAGGAGGAUGAUGAGGAAGGGGACGACUCAGACCUGGAUGACUGGGAGCCAGCCCCCCUCCAGCCAUUUAACCCCCAGACGCUCUGGUGUGAGGAAUGUAAUAAUGCCAACCCCUCAGUGUGCCUGAAACACGGGCCACUGCACCCCAUCGCCAACCGGCCUGUGCUGUCCAAGGCCCGGGCCAGCCUGCCGCUGGUCCUCUACGUGGAUCGCUUCCAGGGUGGAGUUUACUCCAAGCGUCGCAUCCCCAAGCGCACACAGUUUGGUCCUGUGGAAGGCCCCCUGGUCCGGCAGAGCGAGCUGCAGGAUGGGUACAUCCACCUCAAGGUCUGCAUGUUGGACCUGGCCAAAGAUGGAGAGAAGAAGGAGGACUUGUGGCUGGAUCUCUCAGACGAGGAGCUCUGCAACUGGCUGAUGUUUGUCAGGCCCGCGCAGAACCACUUGGAGCAGAACCUGGUCGCCUACCAGUAUGGGCCAGAUAUCUUCUACACCACCAUCAAGAACAUCCAGCCCAAGCAGGAGCUCAAGGUGUGGUAUGCAGCAUCGUAUGCAGAGUUUGUCAACCAGAAGAUCUACAAUGUUACAGAUGAAGAGAGGAAAGUCUUGAGGGAGCAGGAGAAGAACUGGCCGUGUUACGAGUGUAACCGCCGCUUCAUGAGUUCUGAGCAGCUCCAGCAGCACCUGAACAUGCAUGAUGACAAGCUGGACUUCGUCAGCCGGGCGCGGGGCCGCAGUCGUGGCCGGGGACGGAGGCGCUUUGGGACGGGCCGCCGGCCAGGGAGGCCGCCAAAGUUCAUCCGGCUGGACACCCCUGCAGAGAGCAGUGAGGACAAGACCAAGGAGAUGCUGGCCUUUGCAGGGAAGGGGGCUUUUGCAGAUGCGGUGGAGGGGGCCUUGAAUGGGCUGAAGGGGGUGGAGCUGGGGGCGCAGGGUGCGGCCUUGGGCCAGAUGGACGCCCAGACGACGCUAUCGGAAAUGCCCCCCGGUGCAGAGCCUGCCGCAGACGCGCCCCCCCCACCCUCUGGCGCCGACGCCACCUCCGAGCCUACCAAGGAUGACUCAUCCCUCGGAGGCCAGCUGGACCCCCACCUGACACCGCAGGACAUGCGACGGGCCAAGCGGAUUCGGAAUGCUGCCCUUCAGCACCUCUUCAUCCGAAAGAGUUUCCGGCCCUUCAGGUGUUCUCGGUGUGGCAAAGCCUUCCGGGAUAAGGACAAGUUAGACCAGCACUUCCGGUACCACGGCCGCGACGGCAGCUGCCCGCUCACCUGCCACACGUGCAACAAAGGCUUCCUCAGCAGCGCCGCCCUGGAGGAGCACCUGCACCUCCACGCCGAGCAGAGGACCUACUCCUGCCUGUUCUGCACAGAUUCCUUCGACCGGCUGGACCUGCUCAAAGAGCAUGUGGGGAUUCACCUGGUGGACGGCUGCUUCUCCUGCCCGUCCUGCAAGAAGACCUUCACGGACUUCAUCCAGGUGAAGAAACAUGUGCGCAGCUUCCACUCAGAAAAGGUCUUCCAGUGUACAGAGUGUGAGAAGGCCUUCUGCCGGCCCGACAAGCUACGCCUCCACAUGCUCCGUCACUCGGACCGGAAGGACUUCCUGUGCUCCACCUGCGGCAAGCAGUUCAAGCGGAAGGACAAGCUGCGGGAGCACAUGCAGCGCAUGCACAACCCAGAGCGCGAGGCCAAGAAGGCGGACCGCAUCCACCGCUCCAAGACGCUGAAGCAGAAGGUACCCACCACAGACUUCGAGAGCUUCAUGUUCAAGUGCAGGCUGUGCAUGAUGGGAUUUCGGCGCCGUGGCAUGCUGGUCAACCACCUGUCCAAACGGCACCCGGAGAUGCGGAUCGACGAGGUGCCGGAACUCACGCUUCCCAUCAUCAAGCCCAACAGGGACUACUUCUGCCAGUACUGUGACAAGGUGUAUAAGAGCGCCAGCAAGCGGAAGGCGCACAUUUUGAAGAACCACCCGGGGGCUGAGCUCCCCCCCAGCAUCCGCAAGCUGCGGCCGGCCGGUCCCGGGGAGCCCGACCCCAUGAUCAGCACCCACACCCAGCUGACAGGAACCAUUGCCACGGCGCCUGUCUGCUGUCCUCACUGCGCCAAGCAGUACAGCAGCAAGACCAAGAUGGUACAGCACAUCCGGAAGAAGCACCCGGAAUUUGCGCAACUCGCCAACACGGUCCAGGCGCCCCUGGCCACCACUGUGAUCAGCAGCACGCCGGCCGUCAUCGCCGACGGGGCCACUGCGGAGGCCGUGGUGACCACCGACCUCCUGACCCAGGCCAUGACGGAGCUGUCCCAGACGCUGACCACAGACUACCGCACGGCCCAGGGCGAUUACCAACGCAUCCAAUACAUCCCAGUGUCGCAGGCGGGGGGCGGACUGGGCCAGCCGCAGCACAUUCAGCUGCAGGUCGUCCAGGUGGCGCAGGCCUCAUCCCCCCAUUCCCAGCAUUCCACGGUGGAUGUUAGCCAGCUACACGACCCCCACAGCUACAGCCAGCACUCCAUCCAGGUGCAGCACGUGCAGGUUGCCGAGCCGGCGGCCCAGGUGGCUGGUCAGCCGCUGAGUCCUUCGUCCCAGCAGGCGGCCCAGGAGCUGAGCCCAGCCCAGCUGACCCCCGUGACCCUCGCUCAGAGCCACGCCUUGCAGACGUCGUCCUCCCAACAGCAGGGGGCAGUGCAGCAUGCCUACCUACCCGGAAACUGGAACUACAGGGGUUACUCUUCAGAGAUCCAGAUGAUGGCGCUCCCCCACGCCCAGUACGUGAUCGCGGAGGCAGGAACUCCAGUCACGGCCGUAAACACAGGCCAGGUCAAAACGACCCACUACGUCAUCUCGGAGGGGCAGACGGAGCUGGACUCCAAGCAGGCCGGCGUUGGUGCGAGUGUCACCCCGGUACAGACCGAGCAGCUGGAGCAGCAGCCGGCCACCACGCAGUACAUCAUCACCACCACCACCAAUGGUGGGGGCGCCAGCGAGGUCCACAUCGCCAAGCCGUGAUGAUUUAUGGACCACACGCUGCCCCCCCCCGACUGGCGAGGGGGGGGCCUGACCCGCCUUGGACACUGUCCGCCAGAUGCCAAAUUUGCUCGUGAAGCUGAGAGGAGACAUUGCAGGUUUUAUUUUCGGUUUCAGAGGCGUCUGUAACCACCUGCCACCAGCCAGUUUUUGCAGGGGGCCUUCGAGGAGCAGCGGCCCGUCCCCCAUUACCCCCCCCCCCCAAGUUUGUCCGAAGCCUCAUUUCGACCUGCAGUCUCACUUGGCUGUAUUUCAGGCCUAAGUCAGACGUUAAAGCACCUUAAGGCAAAGGAAGCGGGGCAGAGGGUCACGUGACCGAGACGCCGUUCACGGGGCGGUAAGAAGACUCUAUGGAACGCAGGAUUGCCAGCUGCUCUGGGAAGCCUGGUUUUUCCGGAACAGCCGACCAGCCCCUUUGUGUUAAUGUCGCAUUCCUCACUCAAUUUUACUUUUGAUCAUGUUUUCACUGCAUUCAGAAAACCUGUCUCUCCUCUUCAGUGUCGUUGGAGCAGAAGAUGGAAAAAGGCUAGUGUUACAUACUUCAUACCUGACGCCUUCGUGCUCCGCCCACUGCGACCCCUAAGAAGUAUUAACUGGAAAUAAGCUUGAAUCGGGAAGGAAGAACUAGUGAUUUCUGACCUAAUUUUUUUUUUUUCCUCAGCCCCAUUACCCACAAUGGCCUGUUUCAUUACAUGGCUGAACGCAUCUACUGAAAGCCAAAAAUAGACCGUAACUGAUCAAAGUCAGACCGUCUGUGAAAACAUGGUCAGUGGAGGAUUGGGAUUGACCGUGUGACUCUGCCUUUUAAGGUGCACUGUGAGACCCCUUUUGCAGUCUGAGCAGACUCUAAAGUCCCGUUUGCGGUUCUGUCUCGAUGGUUAUAACCCCACUGACUCCCAGCCCCUAAUCCCAAGGGGCCGUCACCCUUCUCAGUAUGUUGUGUACUUUCAGCUGUGGCUUUCAGCAUCCGGGGGCACAGAAGAAAGUCCUUUCCCAUAUUUAUUUUUCCAAUUUUCAGAGCAUACUCUCCGGAUAAACUUGUACAAUGUAUAAAAAAAAAGAAGUAUUAUUAAGAAGAGAUUAGUUUCCUUUGCUGUACAGAGAUUCCCAUUGUUUCAAGUAAAGCUGUCCUGUUGUCAUUAGUGUUGGAAAAUUAAAGAAAUCGUUUUAUA